AAUGAAUGGUAAUCUUCUUGAUCGCUUUCUUUUGUCAUUUCGGUAGAGAGACCAGAAGCAGAGAGGAUCUUUGUUGUGUAGAAUGAUGGUGCUGAUUGCAUGAAGUAUAAUAUCCCCAGAGCUCAGUAAGAGGCGCCGCACACAGUGAUUCAGGGAAGUGCUGGAACAGAGAGCAAGGCUUGCAGCUGCAUUAGCAGGAACUGUCCGAGGUGCUGAAACUCAAUUCCGUCUCCUCUACAUUCUAUUUCAAGACGCCUGUGCAAUUUGCUUUGUCCUUAGCUUCCAGACGGAAAUUAAAAAUCAUGGUGUAUGCACCAGGAGAGAAGCCAGGAAAAGAGACGGAGGAAGUAAAGCUACAGAAUGCCAGUAAGCAAAUUGUAGAAACUGCUAUCCUACAAGCUGUACAACAGGUGUCUCAAGAUGGAGAGAAUGAAGAGAGGGCAUUAAACUCUAGUGGAGGUCAACAAUUUGCAGAAAAGAAAAAGAAAUCAAGUAACGGAAGGAAGAAAUGAAGAAAAAUGGCUGGCGUCCAUAUGGCAGCAUCAACAAGCCAAGGCUAACCCAGAAUCACCGGCACCGGCUAUUUUACCUGACAGUAAAACCAAAGCAUUAUAUGAAUGUAAAAAGUAUAAUCACCAAAAGUAGUACUCUGCUGUUAAGCCUUGUUUUGCCUUGUAUUUAAGAAGCACAAAUUCCUCUGACAUGGUGCACUGACUUUAAUCCAUCGGGAGGAAAGCUGCUCUGGUGGAUAUAUAAUAGCUUUAGUACAAUUCUAUUGUUUUAUGAUGCUUUUUAUGUAGGAUUUUGCUAUAUGGCAUUUGAUUGUAUCUCCUGAUCCUCAGCACAUAAUGUACUGACAGUCCUCAGAUAUUCCUAAUGUCUAUAUUCUAUGGGAUUCAUUCAUUAAUCAGUGAGUUGUAGAUGCACCUGGUGCAUUAACCAUUUCAACCCACUGACAUGACUAUGUAUUAACAAGGGAACAUAUCAUGUAGGAAGAAGAACGCACUGGGAUGAAAUGUAUCCAUUCAAUGCAACUACAGCUGUAUUUUAAGUGAAUAAACCCAUUUGGGACUAAAGGGUUAAACAA